AUGUUCAUCAUCAACUGGUGCGAAUCCCCCUCCCCGCCCCCUCCGUUGGCAGUUCGCGCUGGCGCCAAUCGAUUCCCUUCGUUGGCGCUGCCGCGGCUGAUCCUGGGCCCGUCCUUUGGGCCGUCGGCGGCACGCAGGUUCUACAGCGUGCUGAACUACCUGGGCCUGUACAACAAGAAUGCCAAAAUCCUAUUCCUGGGCCUCGACAACGCCGGGAAGACGACGCUGAUGCACAUGCUGAAGGACGAGCGGCUGGCGCAGCACGCGCCCACGCAGUACCCCACGUCUGAGGUGCUUCUUCUCUGA